UUCCUCCUUCCUCCUACUGCCUGUUUUUUUGUGUAUUUUAAUUUGUGGAUAGUCAUCAUUUCUUUUUUUGGACUUUUUUCAACUUUUUACCUUUGUACGAAUUGUACCUUGUGUGAACGAACUAGUUAGAGUGUGGAUGUAAUUUUGGUCAUUUUUGGUGACCAUCCUGCUCUAUCAAAAUCGCUAAGUAUUGUUCUCACUAAAAACGAAAAAGAAGACAAAUUAAAAAUAGUCAAUAUGCCAGCUGGAGGUGCAUUAUUUGGGAGUGCUGCUACAGGCCCUGGUUCAACAGGUGGCAAUAAGCAUUUGGUGGAAACAAGAGCUGGAAAAAUGAAUUUGAAAAAUAAAAUGGUGAAUCCUGAUAAAAGGAAGGGGCUCCUUUAUGUGUACCAGAGUGAAGAUUCAUUGAUGCAUUUUUGCUGGCAAGAUCGUACUACAGGCGUUGUGGAAGAUGAUCUGAUCAUUUUCCCUGACGACUGUGAGUAUGUAAAGGUGCCUCAGUGUACCACUGGACGCGUCUACAUGCUGAAAUUCAAAUCCUCAAACAGAAAAUUCUUCUUCUGGCUUCAAGAACCCAAGACCGACAAAGACGAAGAUAACUGCAAAAGGAUUAACGAAUUGCUUAAUAAUCCGUCCAGUGCUGUUCAGUCCUCAUUAGAGAGACCAGACCAGGAUUUACAAGCACUUUUGAGCAGUAUGUCUCAGUCCCAACUGAUGCAACUGUUUGGUGGUGCUGGGCAAAUGAGUGGUCUGUCUAGUCUUUUGGGAAUGAGGCACGUUGGUUCAAGAAACACCACUCCAGCAAUAACUCAUCGAACCCCCACUGCAACUACUCCAACAACCAACACAACAAGUCAGAAUAAUGCUCCUGCCGUUCAAGCAACUCCACCAAAUGCCAGUAUACCUGUAACUACUCCAUCUGCCCCAAGAGCCAACCGCAAUACUACUGUUGGAACUGAACCUGAGACUAGAUCGAUUCAAUUAGUAGACUUGCAGAACUUUUUGCAAGGGAUCGCCCCUCCUAAUUCAACAGGACAACAGCCAGCACCAGCACAGGCACAGCAACAAUCAGUUGAUUUGUCUGCUGCUUUAACUGGAGAGGCUUUAUCAACUAUUAUAAACAAUCCUGAUGCUCUACAACAACUGCAAGAGCAUUUGCCAUCAAUUGAUAACAAUACUCAGGAGAGUUUAAGGUCUACCUUGGCUUCACCACAGUUCCAACAGGCUGUCUCCCAGUUUUCCAGCGCUCUAGAGUCUGGUCAACUAGGCCCAGUCGUCUCUCAGCUGGCUGUUAAUCCCGACGCGGUGGCUGCUGCCGCAUCUGGCAAUAUGCAGGACUUUGUUAAAGCUUUAGAAAAGUCAUCUGCAGAUGCCGCCAAAGACAAGGAUAAAAAUAAGGAGGCCAAGAAGGAUACUAAAAAAGAUGACGAUGAUGAAGAAAUGCAGUUGGAUUAGGCUAAUUCAUGAGUGGUUUAUAUAAUUAUGUAGUAAUGUAAUCGAUUAUUUUGCCUUGAAUGUUUAAAAUGUAUAUGCGUAAUAAAGGAAGUUUUAUUUCACUAAAAUAAAUUAGCAAUAAUAGUCACGGAUUCACUAAAACUCU